AUGGCGACCAGUAUUCCUGUAGAAGUAUUCGACUCAACUAUCAAAUUUAGCUACACAGAAAUCUCCAGCUCUAUCCUAGGAAGCCGUAUCAUCGCCUGCUCCGAUGACUUCUUCGCUCCCUGUGAUAACCUCAUCAAACCCUCUCCCUCGGUCUCUCUCAAAGGCCAAUUCGGACCCAACGGUGCUCUUUACGACGGAUGGGAAUCCCGUAGACAUAAUCCUGCUUACGAUUGGGUCAUCAUACGCCUUCCUACUUCAUCCCACCUUCACUAUGUGGAUAUAGAUACAAGUCAUUUCAAUGGGAAUGAAGCUCCUUUUGCUGCUGUUUACGCUUUGAGACAUGAAGGAUCGACUGAAAGACUGAGUGAUGAGGAUAAAAGAUGGAGGGAGCUGCUGACACCUACUGAAUUGGGUCCGGAUAGAAGACAUAUCUUCCAAUUGGGGAAAGAAGGUGAGGAGGAAGGAUGGAAUGUUUUGAAAGUUCAUAUGAUACCUGAUGGGGGAAUGGCUAGGUUUAGAGCUUACGGUCGACCUAUCCCUCCCGCUCUCUACUCUUCCAUACCGCCCCUCGAUACCCCGCCCAUCGAUCUGCUUUCAGCUUUGGUAUCAGGGAGGAUCAUCUCCUGUUCAGAUGCCAAAUUUAGUCCGCCUCAAAAUCUCAUUCUUCCAGGUAGAGGACAUGACAUGUCUGAUGGAUGGGAAACGAGAAGGAGCCAAGUGAAUAGAGGAAAGUACGGAUCCGGUGGAGCUUUGUAUGGUCAGGAGAGAAAAGAAUGGGUGAUUUUACAAAUGGCCGCCACGGGAGUGAUCAGGUGGUUUGAAGUCGACACGGCUUUUCAUCCUGGGAAUUACCCAAAGGAAUGUAUGAUCGAAGCUUGUCUCGUCGAGGGAAAAAUACUACCCAUAAACACCUCAUGGACCACCCUCGUCCGUCGACAACCACUAGGACCACAUAGACAACAUUUCUUUGACCUCGAACGUUCCAUUCCCUCGAACGCCGUAUUCUCUCACGUAAGACUAUCCACCUACCCUGAUGGCGGUCUCAAGCGUCUACGAGCAUAUGGAUAUCCCAUCGCCCCUUCCCCGCCUCCUCUGCUUUCACCUAAACUCAACGUUCCGGCUCUUCCGUUGACUGUGGAAGCGUUCAAACCAUACGGUGCCGUAUUGCAAGGAUUCUCUCUUCCCACAUCGGCACCUAAGGGAAUCAAUGUGACCAUUGGAAAUCAAGGAACAGCGUCGAAAUGUCAUCGUAUGGCUAUUUUUUCCGAAGAGGAGGUCAAGAAGGGUGUGACGGUGAGAGCCGUUUCCAGCUUAUUUGUCUCUGCCGCAGAGAAGGGAGCAGCUGUGAAUGUCACCCAUCUUGAAAAAUGUGGAUCUACUACCGCUUUCAUCCCUAUGGGCUCUGAUGAUUUAAGGGAUAGCGCACAGGUGGUAGUUGUGGCUAAUAGCAAAACGGAUGGUACACCUGAUAUGAGGAGCUUGCGAGCGUUCCUAGCUACUGCAGCUCAGGGCGUAGCGUUUAGUCCUGGCACUUGGUAUCUACCAUUGAUCACUGUCAACGAUAUAUGUCCCUUCGCCUCAGUCACAUCCCUGGGUAUGACCACACAGUCGGUCGUGGUGGAUUCAUUCACUGUCCAAAUUCCUCCGUACUCGGCCUCCCCAUCGACGAUCACUUCCUCAACUCCGUCAUCUUCUGGACCCGCUCCUGUCCCGAAAGACGACGAUAAGACGGCCCUCUUGCAUCCCGAAAGGAUGACAUCGACCAAUUUCGCAAGAUUCGGUCAUGUCAUACAUCUUAACCCUGACGUUUCCGGGGGUGGAGUUGUACCGGUAGUCAGCAACUACCCUUUGGAGGCUGGAGCAAAGAUGGCGAUUUCAGUCUCGCGUUCGACACCGAAAGUCGGGUUGGUGAGAGGGAAAAUCUUUGAUGUGAGGUUGAUGGAGAGACAUCCGUAUAACAGUCAAGUGUUCAUACCGAUGGGUAAGGCGGGUUGGGAAGGAAUGGGCGAAGAAGCUCUGCCUUCUGGAGGCUCUUUCCUUGUUAUCGUCGCACUGAACGGAAAAGACGACAGACCAGAUCCCAAAACUCUGAGUGCGUUCAUCAUGCCUCCUGAUACGGGACUGUCUUAUAGUGCUGGUGUAUGGCAUCACCCGGUACUAGUCAUGGACAACCCACUCAACCUCGCUUGUAUCGAAACGCAAGUGUCGGAUGGACGUCAGUCAGAUGAUAGGGAUUGCGAGUUGCUCGAAUGGACCGAAGAAGUGUUUGGGAGGGUAGCGGUUCCAUCCCUCUAA